AGUUCUGUGGAAUCCCGAUUUCUUGAACCGCCAGGGGAAACGUAAAUUGGUUCAAGGGAAAUUACAAGGGGGUGAAAUUACAAGGGAAGCAAAUCCAAGGGAAACAAGGUUUGGUUCGAGAUAUCGGGAGGUUCGAGAAACCAAGGAUUCGAGAAAUGGGGAUUCCACUGUAUGUCUACAAAGUUAGUAGCAAAGCCCCUUAUAUGUACAUCAUGAGAGCUGUGUACUUCUGAGUGUGUCAUUGUGAACUGUGGGUUUCUGCUAGAAACUUAAGCAUGCUGUUGUGGAGAUCUAUUGUAUUUUGUUGUUUGUUGUUCAGUAUACUGAAAGAUUGGGUGAGGUUUUUGCCUGUUUUAGAAACUGCUAUUUUCUGACAUUAUCAUUUUAGUUUUCAGCUACAUGUUAUUGUGCGGUUCUCUUCUGCAGAUGUUUGGUCGCACAAUAAAAUGCUCCAUUGCAAAUGACAAUGGACGGGCUACAGAGUUCAUUAGAAGAAAGAACUAUCCGGACAAAUCACACUGUUACGAGUGUGGGGAGUAUGGACAUUUAAGUUACCAGUGUCCUAAAAACAUGCUCGGAGAUAGAGAUCCUCCCCCGAAAAAGCAAAAGAAGAGGAAGAAGCAAGAAGAUGAGUAUGAAGAAGAUGAAGACGAAGAAGAGGAAGAAGAUGGUGGGGAAGACCCGUAUGAGUUCAGCUUAAGUGCUGUAAUCGACGAGUGCGCUAGAAUGGCUUCCAAAGAUGAACCAUCCAAUCAGAGUAGUACCUCUACUGGAGUUGGCAGCGCUAAAAAGCGCAAGAUUGUGCAGAGUUCGUAUUUCAGUGACGAAGAGGACGAGGAUUAGAAAUGAGCGUCUUCCCACCUUCUCAUCAGUCAUUACUUGGUUGCGACUGAAGAGACACGCAAGAUGUAGAACUGGCAGCAAGAUCAUUCUACGCCAACGCCACUAAGGAGUGAUAACAUCGUCUUGUGGCCACCCGUAAUACCAAAGGGAUACCGCCUUAUUGAGAGUUUUUGCAACACCCAGUUAGAUAUGUCGCCAAGAAGCACCCUUUUAUAGAGUUCACCCGGACUACAGAGUCACAGAGAGACUGAACAAGGACUUCUUGCAGUGAACAUGUAUCGUAAUAGCUUUCCGAUGCUCGAACCAGUCUAAAUUUAUUUCUAUCUUUUUCUGUUACUUAGCACCGCAUAAUUGGCACAAUGAUCCCCCUCUACGCCAUAAUACCUUCGUAAUUUUUCGCCUUUAAUUUAAUUUUGCGACGUUGUUGGACGCCUAAAGGUAUAUACAACUAAGUAUCACUCGUCGAGGCAUUUGUUCAGUCUUUAAAAGUUUGUUUUUACCCUUCAGGUGUCGCGCACAAGAAAUAAAUUAAAUUACGAGAAA